AUGCCGUCGUCUCGCGAGACGGUUGAGAUCUCAUUCUGGUGGCGGACCCCUCGUAGCGGACCAGAUAUGAAGUAUAUAAUGGCGCCGCUCACUUCCCAAGACCUGAGAACCAAUGUUUCCGCGCUAGCGCAGAAACUUGAUUCACCGAACAUCGACUAUGUCAUUAUGAAGAGCGCCAGCACCUAUCUGCAGGGCGUAGACCCCAAUCGUAAACAAGCAGCCGAUAUCCGUGAUAUCAUAAAUAUGAUCCCUUUGGCUGUGCCGGGCAGACAGGAGCUCGACUUCAACCGAAGCCAUGACUGUAAGAGAUUCGCGAUGUCCCGCCACUGGGGCAAAAGAGAUCGAUCACCACCAGCCGCCAUGAUGGUAAGUACAUACGUCCAUAUGCAUCAGGCUUAG